AUGCUGUCAUCAUUACCUGAUGAUUUUGGCAAUUUAACGAACUUGUGGAGUAUAGAUCUGCGACAUUGCAAGCGGUUGAAUAUGUUGCCCGAUUCUUUCAGUCAGCUGUUACACCUAACAGAUCUAAAUUUAUCAAACUGUGAAAUGCUGGCAUCACUACCUGAUGAUUUUGGCAAUUUAACGAGCUUGAGGGGUAUAAAUCUGCAGUAUUGCAAGGGAUUGAAGAUGUUGCCCGCUUCUUUCAGUCAGCUGUUACACCUGACAGAUCUAGAUUUAUCAUACUGUAAAAUGCUGUGUAAAAUGCUGUCAUCACUACCUGAUGAUUUUGGCAAUUUAACGAGCUUGAGGAAUAUAAAUCUGCAGGAUUGCAAGGGGUUAAACAUGUUGUCCGCUUCUUUCAGUCAGCUGUUUCACCUGACAGAUCUAGAUUUAUCAAAAUGUGAAAUGCUGUCAUCACUACCUGAGACGCUACCAAUUAUGUCGCUCAACAAUCUAAGAAUAACCUUUUGUAAUUUCCUGAAGGACGUCAGGUGUAUUAGUGGUCUCAUAAACCUUGAGAGACUGGAAAUAGGUGACUGUCUGCAGAUAGAAGAACUUCCAAGCUUUGCAGAUUUGCCUUCGCUGAAGAGUUUUAAAAUGUGGAAAUGCCCCGAAGUUGAUAAAAUAGAAGGUUUGGAACAUGCCAAGUCGUUGAACAAAUUGUGGGUAGAGACCCGGUGGAAGGUGCCAGGUAUACAGGGUUUGGAGAAUGUGGAACGACUGGAAGGAUUACACCUGAAAUACGAGACCAUAUCAGCUCUGAAACCUUGUAUUCAAUCUAUAAAGGGGAAGGAAUGUCCAAGGAUUAUGUGGAUACAAGGUGGCGUUAACCAUUUGAAGGAGUCAAUUGUAAACUCAUUGGAAUUGGAGUUUUCUGACCUUAAGAAGGUCGUCUGGAGGGUUCCAGAUGAUUCCAAUGAUUCAGAGGUCUCUAUUCCAGAUGGUUCAGAGGUUUCAGAUGAUUGGGUUGGAUUCGGCGAAGAUUAUGUUUAUUGGUAUGGACUCGGCGAAGAUGAUUUUUCAAAUGAAGGUGAUUAUUAUUUGUAUUAUGCGGAGAAAGAGAAAGAAAAGAGCAAAGUAGUAUGUAUAUGGUAUUCAGUUUGUGCACGCCACUUUUUUCUACCAGACAAAGUAAUAGGAGUGUCCGGCGAGAAACAAAGAGUUGCGGAGGCCUUUCACCAAUUAUUGGAACUUAUGGAAUAAUUGGCAGGUACACAAAUUUAU